ACUUCUUUAUUGCAACCCUGCCUUUUUAGUCACACAAAGGAAGCAAUUAUUGUUGGUUAAAUUUUUGAAUUUAUUGAAUUUGAAAAAAAAAAGAAAAGAAAAUAAAGGGAAGCAAUAAUUUUAUUAACAAUUAAGGCAAUGGCAAAGUCAUCAUUGGCUUUGGUAUUUGCCUUGGUAUUGGCUUUGCCAAUCCAUUCUGUUUUUUGUGAUGAGGUUGAGGUGAAUCCAUGGAAGAACCUUUUUGAUGAAGAAAUCAGUGUUGGUUCAUUGGAGGAGGUUCCUAAGCUUCACUUUGUUGAUCAUCAUUCUGAAUUCCAAGAUUGGGUUCAAGAACUCAGCAAUUUGGACAAUAAAAAUGUCAACAACGUAGUUUCUAAAGAAACACCAACAUCUGCACCGGUGCAAGCACCUAAAGUGUCUCCACCAAAACGUGCACCAACAGCAUCACCCAAGGCUGCACCGAAAACUGCACCCAAGGCUGCACCAGUUGCAUCACCAAAGUCUGCACCGAAAGCUGCACCUGUUGCAUCACCAAGGUCUGCACCAAAAGCUGCACCUGUUGCAUCACCUAUAACUUCAAGAAAAAUUCUUGUGGAAUGAUAAAAAAUUCGCUCCAAAAAUGUCUCCUAUAACAUCAUCAAAAUUAUAUCCAAGAAGUGCACCCGCAAAAACACCAACAUUCAAAACCUAUUAACAGUGAUUCUUUACAUAAACAAACUCAAUUGCAAAAUGUUUAAACAAAGUUGAUAACUCAUAAUUUUCUAUCACUAUUUUAUUAUUAUUGACUAUGUUUGUACACCAUAUUACAACUGUUUAUUAUCGAAUUCAUAAUUUCAAUUGAUGUUGGCAA